AUGGACUGGUUCAAAGAUGGGUCCGUCCUCGAGUCGGAGGUCGAGGUUUUCACGAGGAAUCCCACUAUCGAGCCAUACAGCGUGAUCAAGCCAAAUAUGAGCGACAAACCGCCCGACGGUGGUUGGAGGACGACGUCCUGGCAAGACUUUGAAGAAUUCACACGCCUCGUCUGUGACAAUCAAGGACACUCUAGCCACACCCUCAAUAGCAUACCAUCCAUGGCAGCUUCCGCGGCGGCAAUUCAAGUGCAGCGUUGCGAAGUGCAGCAGUCGCUUUCGAUAUUUCAAAGGCCUGCAGCGUCAUUUGUCCGGCCACUUGGCUGA